UUGCCGUUUGUCUGUCCCUCCAGCUGCUGUCUGUCUGUCUGUCUGUGUGAAGCCGCUUUCCUCCACCAUGCUGGUUCGAGCUCUGAUCCAGACCUCGCUGGUGCUCUGGUUUGCUCGUCAAUCGCUGCAGGGAGGUGUUAGACCUCAGAGUGUGUCCUGGGGGAGAGUACUGCCGGCCAGAGGUGUUGGAAUUGGAGUAAAACCAGGAGUUGUUGGUGCCCUUGGAGCUUUGGGGAGCCGAUAUGGCACCAAGGCCAUGAAAACAGGAACUGGACGUUAUUCCGGAGCUCAGCUUGGUGCUGCAGGUUACAGAACUCUUGGAUUAGGAAGCAGAGUGGGACUGAAGCAGGGAGGAUACGGAGCCCAGGGAGCUUAUGGUGCAAGUCUUGGCACAGGACUGACACAAGGGGUCGGACUAACAAAUGGACUGGGACUGGGACAGGCAGGAAAACGUGUUUACGGCGGUGGUAUUGGUGCUUUGCCAGGAUAUGGCACCUUAGCGGGAGUUGGCUAUCCGGGUGCUCGACCAGGGUUUGUCCCAGGAGCUGGUGGUGUUCUCAGUCUGCAGGGUGCAAAUAGCAACGGUUUUGUUGGCGGAACAGGAACCUAUCAGGGAGCGAGUCUGGUCCCUGGAGGUUAUGGAACAGGUUUAGGACAGGGAGCGUAUCUGGGUGGUGCAGCUGGAAAACUUGGAACUGCUGCUGCUCUCGGACAGGGUGGGUAUUCCCUGGGUGUUUCAGGAAAGUCAGAUGGUUAUGGUGAAGGAGCAACAGGACAUCUGGGUGCUGUGGCAGGCAACGGAUUUGGUUACGGGAAUGGUUACAGCAAUGGCUACGGAGCUGCGCUUGGUGCAGAAGGUCUUGGUGGACAGCUCCAGGGAGUGUAUGGGGGCGGAGCUGUUGAGCUUCCUUAUGGUGCCGGUCCAAUAAUUCCUUCUGGACUGGAAAGUGAAGGUGUUUACCCGUAUGCUGCUCAGCAGCUCAGCCUCGGCUCUGAAGGUGCCAAAGCCGCCAGCAAGUACGGUGAGAAUCAACAACUGUGUGAGCAGGAAACCCUGCUGCUGCUCUCGGACAGGGUGGGUAUUCCCUGGGUGUUUCAGGAAAGUCAGAUGCCAAAUACAUGA